CCCAGCCCGACCCCAUUGCUGCUGCCCUGCAGGGUCUCAGGGUCUCUCUCACAGCCACUUUCAAGCUUUUCCCCUCCUGCCGUGGCGUGAAGGUCUCUCAGCCCCCUUUCAAGCUUUUCCCUGCCGUGCCGUGAAGGUCUCUCUCAGCCCCCUUUCAAGCUUCCCCCCUUCCAAGGGAUCUCUUAUAAAGCAGUCAAGGCAGCCAAGAACGAAGGUAGAGGAACAAAGAAUAGAAGCUAGCAGAAGUAAAUGGCUGCCCUUUGUGAUUUGGUACCUUGGGUCUGCAUCUUGCUAUCCUUUGUCAUCUUCUACAAUCUCAUUUCCUCGAAAACCAGCAAGCUACCACCAGGCCCGGUGGGUUUGCCGGUGGUCGGCUCCCUGUUCCAGGUUGGCGAUAUGCCCAAUGAGUCUUUGGCUAAGCUCUCCAAACGGUAUGGACCCCUAAUGAGCCUUCGCCUUGGGUUGACGACCACUGUGGUGGUGUCCUCGGCGGAGAUGGCGGAGGAGGUGCUGCAGAAGCACGACCAGGACUUUGCCGGCCGGACCAUCUUGGAUGCAGUCAAUGUGUGCGGCUGCCCCGAGUCGUCCAUCAUAAUGAACCAGAAUUGCCCGAGAUGGCGGGAAAUAAGACGCGUCUGCAAUAACGAGUUGUUCGCGCCUAAGAAGCUGGAGGCCAUGAGGGGACUCCGGGAGGAGAAGGUGGGAGUGCUCCUCAAACACAUCCACACGGCAUCGGUGGCCGGACGUCCGGUCAACAUCGGUCAGUGCGUCUUCAAAAUGGCUCUCAACUUGAUGUCCAGUACAGUGUUCUCGGAGGACGUGGUGGAUUUGGAAUCGGAGUCGAUGGGAGAGUUCCAGGGCUUGGUCUGGGGGUUGAUAGAGGCAGCCAGGAAGCCGAACGUUGCUGAUUACUUUCCGAUGCUAAGAUUGGUGGAUCCUCAGGGCCUUAGAAGGCGAGUUCAGACUCUCUUAAAGCAAACGGAUGCUAUCCUUGACGAAUUGAUGGAGAAGCGAUCCCAGUCGCAUGGCGCUGCAACAGAAGGGUGGAAGAAAGAGAGGGAGGAUUUCUUGGACGUGCUGCUCCGACUUGUGGAGACCCCAAACUCCGGCUUCACUAGACAGAACGUCAAGCCCAUCAUCAUGGACCUCUUUGUCGCUGGAACCGACACAAGCAGCAUUACAGUGGAAUGGGCCAUGACAGAACUGCUUCGCCACCCGAACAAGAUGGCUGCAGCUCAGUCCGAGAUAAAACGGACGGUCGGCGUGGAUUGUGUCGUCCAGGAGUCGGACAUCCCACGGCUCCCUUACUUGCAGGCAGUCGUGAAAGAGACCCUAAGGCUACACCCACCUGCUCCCUUGCUCAUGCCACACCGAGCAGAUGUCACCAAACGGCUUGGUGGGUUCACCAUCCCCAAACACACGCAGGUGGUUGUCAAUGCUUGGGCUAUCGGCCGCGAUGCUUCCUACUGGGAAAGCCCGACGUCUUUUUUGCCGGAGAGAUUUAUCGGUUCGAACAUUGAUUUUAAAGGAAAGAACUUCCAAUUCAUCCCCUUCGGAGCAGGAAGGAGAAAGUGCGUCGGCAUGGCUUUGGGGCACCGAAUGGUUCACUUGGUACUCGCUUCUUUGCUGCAGGCCUUUUCAUGGGAGCUUCCCCACGGGAUCGAACCAGAGCAAGUUAGCGUAGAGGCCAAGUUUGGGAUAACACUACAUAAAGCUGUACCUCUUACAGUGUUCCCAUCUCCUUUAAUUAAUGGAUAUGUACAUGGUUCUGAUAUCUUGUGAGAUGAUUUUCUAUUGUAUUACACACCACAACUUUAUCAUUAGGACUUACCUUUGAAUAAGAUUCUGAUCAUUUUG